GCGUUUGACUGCUGCUUAAGUUUCUUGGUCUCAUCGUGCUCGACUGCUCGUGAUUUCAUCCACUCCUCUGUAAGUGACUACACUUCCAGCCUGUGCAUCUAGUCUCAGUCUUCUGCCAUCUUCAAUCUUCAUUAACAGGUAAUGAAAUUAAUUUUCUUGCUAUAAAAUUUUGCCUCCCGGGACGGUGACCCGUCGAAGGGAAACCGAAGAUUCGAGAGGACCCAUAUUUCCACUCCGUCGCGGCGGCUAUUCUCAGAUACUCCAUCUGAUUCUCUCACUCUAUUUUCACCGCCACUAGGUACUGGGGACGGCAUAACCGCCCACGAAUCAGUUGCUGCCAUUUGAAGUUUAGAAAAUAAAUCAAAAUGGGUAGUACGGCGGCGCAGAUUCCCAGUAGCUUUGGCCAUGAGCUGAGGGCAUGUCUUCGUUGCCGCCUCGUCAAAACCUACGACCAGUUCAGAGAGUCAGGGUGCGAGAAUUGCCCAUUCUUCAAGAUGGAAGACGACCAUGAGCGUGUUGUGGAUUGUACAACUCCUAAUUUCAAUGGGAUAAUUUCAGUCAUGGAUCCAUCUCGAAGCUGGGCUGCCCGUUGGUUGCGAAUUGGAAAAUUUCUUCCUGGUGUUUACACUCUUGCUGUUUCAGAGGCUCUUCCGGAAGAAAUGCAGGCAAUUUGUGAAGACGAGCGUGUGCAGUAUAUUCCUCCCAAACGCAUGUGAAGAAGCACUUGUGUCAUUUCCUUCAUAUCGACUGAACAGAAACUGAAUUGCCAAAGUUUGUAUUAAAAUGUAGGUUUCCAUAUUCAUAGUUAAUUUCCUGCUUUGUGCACCUUUUUUUGAUAAAAAUGAUUCAAGAUGAUAUUGAACGGGCACUGAUAUAGCUGGUUGAGUGCAUUGAUUUAACUUGGACAGUAGACUGGGCGGAGCUUUCUUAGGCUUGUUUGCAAGCAUGCUAGUGUAGGUGGAACUUGUUUAGGUUUGUUUGGGGCUGAGCCUGAAUAUACACUCUUGUAAAAAUCCUAGAUUUUAAUCUUUUUAACUUAGAUAAAUCGGUGUUUCCUCUUCUCAAA